AGUUGAAGCUGUUAUAGCUGCAAAGGGUCCGACAUCAUAUUAAACCCCAUGGAUUAAGAAUUCAUCUGUGUGUGAAGGCAUACAGGAGAAUAUUUUUGGCAAUGUAUAUGUAUAUAAAUGUGUAUAUAUAUAAAUAUAAAUAUAAUAUUUAUAAAUAGUGUAUAUAAAUACUAAAAGCUUGUUUUUAAACAUGCAAUAGAGAAUAUUUGCUCUUACCAAAGUAAAGUGAAACAAACUGUAAAGUUGUAAAAUGAUAAAAGUCAUAUUUUAUUGUUGGCAAAACCAAAAUUACAAUCAGGUGAAACAGGGUGAGAUUAAUCACCAACUUAAACGCCCUUAAUUUUGGCUUUCAUGUAGAGAGCUGUUAUAGAAACUAAAAAAUAAAGUAUACUUGCAUAAAGGUUAUUGAGGCUGUACUUUGCUGUGCUGCUUGGCUUGCCUUUCUCAGUAUUUUGUUCUCCUAAUAUUUGCAUGUGUGUGGAGAGCAGAGCUCAAAGUACAGCCUCUAACCCAGGUUCAGGUGACUCAGAAACACGCAAUUGAAACAGAAACAGAAACUGAACUAAAUGACCUUCAUGGAUAUAAAAAAACAGGUCAUUGAGGACCUCUCUACCUUUCUGACAAAUAUACAUGUAGGGUGGAAAAUAGAGCCGCCCCUCUGUUCUUUUAGCAGCCGUUCCCAUUUUCCUCCUGUGAUCACCCAGCGAGUGACAGCUGGGACUCUAAACUGAUGGAACAACGACUGCUUGACCCCCAUACUAGCACAGGCAGCCUGGACACCCAACUAUGUGAACAAGAUAACUUGAGAACGAGGCAGUGUGGGAUUAUCAAAUUGUGCAUCUCCUAAAAAUCUUGGAUGAGUUUGAAUCUCAGUGGCAUUAACCUCAAGAGAACCAAACAGAGACUGACGCCUCCGCUGAAAGCAUCUUGGAGGAGUACAAGAUGGGCAACAAACGAAGAGGCCGUGCACUCAUCUUUAACCAAGAGCGGUUCUUCUGGCGCUUGACCCACUUAAAACAGAGGUGUGGAACCAAUGCUGAUCGUGACAACUUGGAGAAAAGACUGAAGAACCUAAACUUUGAAGUGAGGUCUUAUGAUAACUACAAGCAGGUGGAAGUCCUGGAUAAAAUCGCAGAAGCUGCAGAGGAAGACCACUCAGAUGCUGACUGCUUUUUGCUCGCCUUCCUGAGUCACGGGGAGGAUGACCAUGUUUACUGCCAUGAUGGCAAAAUCAGUAUCCGGAAAAUCACAUCCAUGUUCAAAGGAGACAAGUGUGAGAGCCUUGUUGGAAAGCCAAAGAUCUUUAUAAUACAGGCAUGUCACGGAAACCAGUAUGAUGAAGCAGUUGCAGUGACCCCCGCUUCAUUCCCAGAUACUGAAACAAAGGUGGAUGUAGAUGCCUGUGCCAUGCGCACCCUCCCUGCAGGGGCUGACUUUAUCAUGUGCUAUUCUGUGGCUGAAGGUUACUACUCCUUCCGGGAGACUAAAAACGGCUCCUGGUAUAUCCAGGAUCUGUGUGAGAUGAUCCAAAAGUAUGGUGAAACCCUUGAAUUCACAGAGUUGCUCACGCUGGUCAACAGUAAAGUGUCAAAGAGGAACAUUCCAGUGCCCUGUCCACCAAAACUGAUCGGGAAGAAGCAAAUGCCUUGUUUUGCUUCAAUGCUCACCAAGAAACUUUACUUCCGACCAAAAAAGGACCAAUGUCACACCUCAGUCUUUAAAUGAGCUGGUUUAUAUUUUGCCACACAUCUAAUAGAAUAACAGGAAUAACCUUUAUUCACAUGAAGUGUAUGUGUAUGCUGUUUUUACUUAAUGGUUAAAACUGUGACAUAAAACAACAAGAUCUUAUCAGCUGAGUUUAUAGGAAAAAUUGACCUCAAAAUCACUUAUAUGUAAUUCAGGCCUGUAGUGCUAUUUAUCCAUCUUGAUUGCUUUGCUGUUAGGUAACGACUGUAGAAAUGUUUGUCCUAUUUGAAUUUAAUAGAAGUAAAUGAGAUGUAAAACUCAGCACAGUUUUUCCACAAAUUAUGACCUGUGUACUGAAAAGAUUCCAUGUAGGAACUGGUUUCUCUUUUACCAUUUGCAGAAGCAAGUGUGCAUUAACCUGUGGCAGCAUGACGAGAUGGAAAAGUUAAAGACGUCCCAGUUGGCUGAGCUGUAGUGACAGGUGGACACAUGUUUCUUUGGCUGCUGGAUGUAGUUCCAUAGAAAGAAAAUGUUUCCUAAAUGUAAUUUGUUAUUUUGGUCCUUUAAGUGUCACAACUGACAUUUAGUUCCAUUAAAGAGGAAGCAGACAUUUCUACAGCUGAUCUUUUAGAAACUGGGAACUAUCACUAAAAAAAUUAUGUACAUUUGAUUUUGGAGUGGACUGUCCCUUUAACUUUCUGGGUAAAGCUGAGAUUUUUAUUUUGUUAAAAGGCAACAAAUUUGUCAAAAGAGGCAACAUUAAAGCUACUGUCAUUUAUGGUGUUACUGUGUUGGAUUCUAUGUUGUUUGGUGUCCCUGUUAUAUUUAUCCAGUGCCUGCCUCUCCCUGAGUCUGGUUCUGCUGGAGGUUUCUCACCGCGAAAAGGGAGUUUUUCCUUCCCACUCUCACCAAGUGCGU